CCCUUCCCCCCUUCCCCACCCGGACCCAUGUCGUCCAGCCCCUUCGAUCCCGCCUUGCGCGACGCGUCGGUCGCCUCCGACAGCUACCUCUUCUCCUCCAAUGACCAGACGAUUCUCAACAACUUUUUUGAGAAACUUGCCUCCGAGGAAUCCCAGCUCCCUCAGGGCUUCGGUCCUCUUGGCACCGGGGCACCGGGCCAUGACAGCUUCUUUGCCGGGCCGCCGCGCCCCGGCGCCGGGGCCACUGCGCCGACAUUUCCCGGCGUCCCACCUGCCGGCGGGGUGUCCGGCACUGGCGCCCCGCCUGGCCUCCUUGAUGGGAUGUUGAUGCGCCCACCGGGCGGAUCGGCCCCGGCCCACAUGGCCUCCCUUUCCUCGCUCUCUCCCUCCUCUGUCGGUGCUGGCCCGGGCGUCGGGCCAGCCGGGUUCUUCCAGCCUACUGGCGUUGACUCCUUCAAUGCCUUCCCUCCUCCGCUCACCCAUGACCAGGCCCAGGCCCUUGGCUCUCUUGCCCCGGAGGCACUGGGCAACCUUCCACACCCGACUGGCAUGCCGCCCACCCUGUCCGGAGCGCGCUUUGCUCCUGGACCACCCAGCUUCCAAAGCCUGAUCGCCAAUAGCGCCAACGCCUCCGGCGCUUCGCAGCCGGUUUCGCCACUCUCUCAGUUUGCCCUGCAGAAUGGCCUUCUCCGGUAUGGUGGGCUUGGCCAGCAGCAGCCAUCGCAACAGCCAUCGCAGCAGCAGUCACAACCGGAGGCCGGUCGGAUGUCACAGCAGCAGCAGCAGCAGCAGCAACCUUCUCAGCAUCCUUUCUCCAACAGCAGUGCUCACAGUUCGCCCCGGCACCAUGGCCCUAGUGGCGACGCCGGUGCCCCCUCCACGCCUGCUGGGUCUGGCUCCGGGCCCAAUGGGCCCUCUUCGUCGGCAUCCUCAUCAAGUACUCCCUCCUCGACGGGAUCCCUCGCUUCGGUCUCUUCCUCAGACCAUGGCAGUUCCAUGCCUGGAGGCCAGGGCCCACCACGGGGACACACUUACUCUCCGAAGACCGGCCAGCAAGGGCCUGGAUCGCCUACUGCCAUGAGCCGACACUUCCCUGCUGAGCGCCUGGCUGACUUCGCCGGAGCCGGCCCGGCCAACGCCUCGUCCUCUUAUCACUCGCAGCAGCAGCAGCAGCACCACCACCACCAUCUUCACCACUCACAGCAGCAGCAACAGCAACAGCAGCAGCAGCAGCAGCAGCAGCAGCAGGGGCACCACCACCACCUGCAGCAGCCGGGCGCUCCGCACUGGGCUGCUAGCGCCACCAAGAUGCCGCAGCAGUCCCAGGCCUUCUUUGGCCGCGGUGGGGACUUCGCUUCGGUUGCGAGCUCCGGUCAUGACCUGGCUUCGGACCAGUCCCUGCGCCAAUCAAUUCAUGAUGUCUCCAGUGUCAAUGGCACUGCCAUGCACAUGCAUCCGCAGGCGCAUCAUCACCACCCACAACAGGCGCAUCAUCAUCACCAUCAUUCGCAGCAGACGCAGCAUCUUUCCUACAUGCAGCAGCAGCAGCAGCCACAACAGCCACAGCAGCGGCAGCAGCAGCAACAGCAGCAGUCACUUCAGGCACCUCAUCACACGCAGGGUGUCGAUCCAAAUACCGGGCUCUCUCUCGACCUGGUGGGUAUCUCGCAACAGCAGCAGCAGCAGCAGCAGCAGCAGCAGCAACAGCCGAUCAAGCGUCCCGCUGUGAGCACCGAUGGGUCCUCUGCCAGCAUUGCCAAGCGUCAACGCCGGGCGAACCCCGCCGGGGGCGACUACGAGCCCAGCCAAGAGUCGCUCCUUCCUUCGGGUGCUGGGUCGCCAGGCACCGGUCUCGCGGACGGCUCCGCCCCGCCGGCACCCAAGCGCCGGGCUGGGCGUGCCUCGGCCUCUGCCGCCCCUCGGAAGGCCACUGGAAAGGCCGCCGGCGCCGCCGCUGCUGCUGCUGCUGCUCGGACAGCAGUCAAUGCGGCUGCCGGCGACUCGAGCCCACUCUCCUCGCCGGAUUCACUGUCCGCGUCACAAACUCCCACCCUGCCGGUUGGUGGCCUCGGCUCGCCAGAUGGCUCCAAUGGGUCUGGUGUGUUGAGCACCAGCGAGUUGAACAUGCUACUGAAGCAGCUUUCCGGCGCAUCGGGCGCUUCAUCGGCUGUCAAAUCCGAGGGUUUGCAGGAUCUUCUCCCGGGUGAUCUGGACUUCUCCCGGAUCGGCACGGCAACCAGUAAUGCCGGGCGCCAUGGUCAGCUCGGGGCCUUUGAGCAUGCUCUCCUCGAGCCACGUAUGCCCACCUCGACGGUGAAGCCCUCCCUCGCGCGUGGUGCCAAGCCACAGAUGUCUUCCGAGCAGCUGGCGGAGGAAAUCAAAGCCGUGGCAGCCGGGCUGUCUAAUAGCCUGGCCGGGCCGCCGAUCAUCAGCUACACGGGCACCCGCCACGGAGGUGGCAUGCUGACCGACGAGGAGAAGCGCCGGAAUCACAUCCUCUCGGAGAAGAAGCGCCGGAAUAACAUCCGCCAGGCGUUCAAGCACAUGACCGAGCUGGUCCCCUCGCUGACCGGGACCAAUUUUUCCAAGGCCACCAUCUUGCUGAAGACCAACGAGUAUCUGGAGUUCCUGCGUGACCACAACAUGCGGCUGAUCCAUGAGAUCCUCCGGAUGCGCGCCUUCCUGGCUGAGCGGUCGCUUGAGUAUCCUCCUCGUGGGGAAGACUCACGCCCGAUGGACAUGUCAGCCGACAGUUCGGCUACCCUGGCCACUGGGGACUACUCGGCCGCCGCUACCACUACCGCUGCCGCUGUCAACAACACCUCAGCCACAGGCCCCGCCGGGGCUGCCGAUCGGCCAGCCCCUAGGGCCCCAGCCAAGACCGCUGGAUCUGGGCGGAAGCCUCCGGCUACCGGUGGCGCAAAACAAACCAAGGCUUCCAGCACCAAGUCCGCUGCCGCCGCCAAGGGUGCUAGCGCCGCGGCGCCUCCCCCCGACGGGCCACCCCCCCCGGCGGCCUCUGCCACUAACAAGAAGUCCUCCUAGACGCGUUGUUCGCCCCUCCCCUCUCCCCCCUCAUCCUCCCCUCCUUCUUCACUCUCCACAUUCUCUUUCCUAGUCAUUGCGGGGCUAGUAUUGGCACUUCUGGGGGUGCGCCGGCGCGUCCCCCCGUCAAUCACUAUCCGCAUCCUCC